CCCUUGUUUCCUUCUUCCCUUCUCUCUCCAAACGCCGCGGAAUACUUUUACUAUCCUCAUUUCCCUCCUCUUCCUUUUUUUAUAUUUUUUUUAUUUCUUGCACUUUUCCGUGCUAAGCGAUUAUCAUCGUUUCUGGUUUCAACAUCCCUUUCAGCGGAUCAUUCCUGCGCCCGUCAUUCCAGAGAGUAACCGUCUCUUGCAACCUUGUGCUCGCCGCCAUCUCCCUCACUUUACUCAUUAAAUUCCGAGUUCUUUGCCUCCUGCAGCCGCUGUCUAAUCGCCAAAAUGGACUACACUAUGGAAGACUCUCAGAACUCGGCACCCGACGCGCACGAGACCACCAAGUUGGGCUCAUCGUCGAGUCAGAGAAAUGACACCCAGAGCGUGACCAAGCGUCUCCAAGCAGAACUGAUGCAACUGAUGCUCUCGCCAUCCCCCGGGAUCUCCGCCUUCCCUGACGCGGACGGCAACCUUCUUUCGUGGACAGCCACCAUCACCGGUCCGACAGAGACUCCGUACGAAGGUCUCACAAUGAAGCUUUCGUUUGCCUUCCCGAAUAACUAUCCUUACGCGCCGCCGACCGUCCUCUACAAGACUCCCAUCUACCACCCCAAUGUCGACUUCUCUGGCCGCAUUUGUUUGGAUAUUUUGAAGGACAAGUGGAGUGCGGUUUACAACGUGCAGAGUGUUCUGUUGAGUUUGCAGAGUCUGUUGGGAGAGCCUAACAACGCGAGUCCCCUUAACGCACAAGCUGCUGAGCUCUGGGACACCGACAAGGAAGAGUACAAACGCCUUGUUCUAGCAAGACACCGCGACGUCGACGACAUCGAAUAAACGUAUAUCGCCGAAAUCUGUCCUGACCUCGCAGGAUGGAUGUAUAUCUACAUCUUGUCGCCAUACCGGUGCAGUCGAGUUCAUCCUGCCUCCCGGACGGCACAUUGCAUAUGCAAAUGGGUACAUGGUUUUGGAGUUUGCGUUGGAAUCUUAUAAUUGGGAUCACGUGGUCAGGCCAAUUGCACGUGUCCCUGAAUACCCUUUCUUUUGGCAUAGUCUAGGAAUGCAUGGAGUCAUCGUUUUACGACCGCUAUUGUUACUGGUCGCAGCCCAUUGCUGUUAUCAUUGGAGGAUGUCGGACUUACACCCUAACUCCUUCCGAGCUGAUGCAAAACAACAUAUAUCUGUU